UAAGACAACAGUUGUUAAGGGGUUUUAAUAGAAAGUAUACUAAUAAUAAAUUUUAAUUAAAUAUUUUAUAAUUAAAUUAUUGUUUUCCACUUUACCAAGGAUUGAUAGCAUAAAUGGCGUUACACCACUCGGAUAUGGUGAUACUGGCGGGCAAUUCGCACCCACAGUUGGCCAACUCGAUUGCCGCACGACUGGACCAGAAGCUGGGCUCGUGUUCGCUAUACCACACAUCUAAUCGCGAGUCUGUUCUGGCGAUCGGCGAGUCUGUGCGCGCCCGAGACGUAUACCUCAUACAGACGGGCGGCCGAGACGUUAAUAAUAAUAUAAUGGAGUUAUUGAUUAUGGCCUACACUUGCAAGACAGCGGCCGCAAGCAAUAUCAUUGGUGUCAUACCGUAUCUGCCAUACGGUAAACAGUCCAAAAUGCGCAAACGUGGUGCUAUUGUUAGUAAAUUAAUGGCCAAAAUGAUGUGCAAAGCGGGUUUCACUCAUAUUAUCACAGUUGAUAUGCAUCAUAAAGAGGCACAAGGAUUUUUUGAUAUCCCGGUGGAGAACCUGCGGGCGUCUCCAUUCUUGUUGCAAUAUAUUCGUGAGAAUAUAUCGGAUUACAAGAAUGCCAUAAUAGUGGCCCGAUAUCCCGGUGCCGUACGUAAGGCCACGGCAUACGCCGAGCGACUCCGCGUCGGUAUAGCCGUCAUUCACGGCGAACACAAAGAGGCGGAAACGGACGAAGUGGACGGCCGUACGUCACCGCCGCCCGCGCCCUCUGACUCGUCGGCUACAGAGGCGGCCAGUGUUGGCGCGAGUGUAGGGAUGGGCAGCACUUCUACCGAUCGCUACAAUUGGGACGGUUUGCCCCAACUGUUGCCGAAGGAGAAGCCGCCNCUCUCUCUCUCUCUCUCUCUCUCUCUCCACUCAAAUAUUCUAAUUAUCCAAAGUUAA